GCAUUAUCAAAAUUAUUUUAUCUUUUCCCCUUUUAAUUGUCAGAAUGGCAUUGCAGGUUGUGGGAGCUCUGCGUUUUUACAGAGGCCAGGGUUCAGUAGCUGUGAUGUCCAGAAGAAAGAUUUACAAAGAUGAUCCACCUGACCUACUAGAUGGACUCUUCUUUAAAAGAUCCUUGCAGCUGUUUAAGCAACUAGUUGACAAAACAGUUGCUCAGAAAAGGGAGCAAAGAUUAGGCCUGCCUGUAAAGGAUUCUGAAGAAAUUGAUUAUGACAAAUUCUUUGAUGCAGUAAAGAGUCUUUUUGGUCCAGAUGUGAAAGCCCAAGAUGUUAAAACCUUCUAUAGGAAGAUUAGCAACAACCCAGAUGGGAAGACAGAAUGGUGUGAGAUAUUUGGCUACUACAUGGUGGAAGGCGAUAUUCUUGCUGCCCAGCUUGAUGAAGAAAAUAUGGUUUUCCUGAUAUCCAAAAAGCAGCGGAUUGCAAAAACAGGAGUCAAGAGAAGUGAUGUAAUAAGAUGCAUGGUAAAAAUAUCUCAACUUGAUUUUUUGCUAACAGCAUCUCAGAGGGGAAUGUUGUCUAUUUUUUCUGGCCAGAUGCGAAUACUAGCAAGCACCAGCAUCCCAGACAGUUCGUGGAUCACCGGAUGUGACUAUCUUGGUCAACUGAAGCGUGUUGUUGGCGUGACAGAAAGAACUAUCGUCAUAUGGGAUUAUAAAACACAAGGGAGUGCCCUGGAUAACUGCUGUAUAAUAAAGCCUAUGGAACAUUGCCUCCUCUCUGUUUCUGCCAUUCCUCACCCAUCAGAACUUCUAGUGAAGGAUGACAUCUUGCUGGGGGAUGAUGGUGGAUAUGUUACUUUGUUUACACUUACCAGUGAUGACUUUGGUCUAAAACAGACUAAAUCUAAAAAGAAACUGCACAUGCUGAUAAUAGAUUCUAAGAAAUUCAAGAGCAUUAAACGUAAACUGCAUGAUGACUGGGUUAUAAAAGUAAAAUACAUUCCAGCUUUGAACUGUUUUGGAUCCUGUUCAUUGGAUAGCAUUCAUUCAUUGGUUUUGGAUGACCUGAAAAGACUUGAAGACAAUUUGCCUGUCAGGGAAUUUUCGGUACUGAGAGGAGUUAACGCUUUCACGUAUUGUGCAAAAGCCAAUAUCAUUGUUACAGGAGGAGAAGAUAAGAUUCUUCGUUUAUGGCAUCCAAACAUCAACACCAAGCCAGUGGGGAAAUUGAUGGGACAUUUAUUUAGUAUCACAGAGAUUGUCACCAAUGAAAAGGAUCAACAUAUUAUCAGUCUUUCUACUGCAAAGAUUUUCAGAGUGUGGGAUAUCCAGACUCUUUCACUGAUGCAAGUGUUCCAUGACGUUCAAGGAGCACACAGAGAGUCACAAAUUUUUGCUAUGGCAUUUGAUAAUAAUCAUGGAACACUUAUUACAGGAUCAUCCGUCAUUGAUAUUUAUCCUCUCACUCGGAUGAUACAAGAUACUAAGCAAGUCCCCCAGACCCAUGAAAGGAGCAUCAAUGUGCUGGUUUACAACAAAGUUUUUCACCAAAUUCUUAGUAUCUGUUCUGAGUCUAUAGUAAAAGUCUGGGAAUUGGAAACAGGACAGCUAAUAUACCAGAUUGAAGAUGCCCAUGGGCCAGGAGUGGAGUUGACAUGUGCAGCAGUUGAUAAAAAUGGAUUUCAUCUUGCUACUGGAGCAUGUGAUGGAACUGUGAAAGUAUGGGAUUUUGGAAGUGGGCAGGUACUUAAAAUUUUGCCCUUAGACAAGGAAAUCACAGUCAAUGAACAUUGGCUGAUGCAGAUGGUGUACCUGAAAGCCAGUGAGAGUAAGCAUGUGAUCCUAGUCUUGGAAUACAGUGGGAGGAUCAAAAUUGUUCAGGCUAAUCAAGGUGAAACUUACAUGUCCAUAACUUGGAAACUUCCUGAAGCUGUGUCAUUUGCUUUACAAGGCUAUCCACUCAUUUCCCUUAAACUGUCUCCCAAUGUCAAAAAAAAUAAUGGUUUUUUUCCAGACGUUGAACUAUUGCUUGAUACAGAUCUCACAAACUCAAAUGCUGAGCUACCUCCUAGGAUUGAAGUAAAGUGCUUUGAUUUGUUAAAAGUAGAAGGUUACAGUUUGUUAGCUACUGCAAGUGCAAAUGGUUCUAUCAUCAUGUGGGAUUUUGAAGCUGCCACAGCCAGACACAUAUUCAAAACUCAACAUGCUAUUCACUCAGAUAGAUCCAAAUUACUUAAAAUCAACUGGUUACUAUUCCUGUAUCGAGAUACUAUGUCAGAGAGGCAUGCAAGUGAAUGUUCCACCUUUUCAGAAGCACGUUGGGAGGAUAUUCCUACACAGGAAGUAGAAGAGAAUACUUCAGUGUUAAAGAUGAAUAGCAUUAUAAGACAAUCUGUUGGUGCAACAACUCUUUCAGAAAUAAAGCUUCCAGAUUCUUCCACAAGCAAAGGAGCAAUACCCAAUGUAUUAUCAGUUGGAAAACAUGAUUAUCUUUCUAUACCCGUACUUGCCUCAGCACAUGAAAAUGGUUUCAUUUAUCUAUGGAGCAUUAUGGGAGAUCUACUGAAAGAAAUUCUGCCUUACACAAAACAUCCUCCAAUUCCUUUGACAGCACUUUGUGCUGAUGGGGCUGUUGAAAUGCUUUUCGCUGCUAACAAAGAGGGAAAUGUUAUUCGAUGGAACAUUGGCUCAUUCCUACAAGAUCCAAAAGAUCCAAGCAGGCAUGUAAAGCAACAAAUUUGUUGGCGGGCUCAUUCUGCUAAAAUAGUCAAUCUAUCUUGUGAUGAUGAAAAAUGCCUAGUGAUGACUGCAUCCACUGAUGGUUCUGUCAGACUUUGGCAUUCAAUUCGUGGAAUCUACUUUGGCUAUUUUGGACAGCGCCGAGUGUUUGAAAUUACUGAAUCCUCUGAUAUAAUUUUGCCCUGUGAUGUAAAUGAAAUUCCAUUCACAAUAAAAGAAGAAUCCAAGUUUAUGGAUAAAAAGCAGAAGUUUGAAUACCCUCUGUUUUUUGACAGGGAAAAAUGGAAGACUCUGACCAAAUCAUCUUUAAACUUGAGAAAGCCUAGCCGACAUGACGUUGAUCUGGAUUUUAAGUUUUUCAAGGCCCUGGCUUCUCCCAAGGUCAAUAAAUCCCCCUUGGAAAGUUUCAAAUCUGGAAACAAAGAAGCUGGUAUUGUAUUUGGAGCUAUACCAAUCUAUAGGGUACCCAUGGAGCCAUCUUGAAUUACGUUCCUUAACACCGUAUUUCCCCGAAAAUAAGAUCGGGACUUAUAUUAAUUUUUACUCCAAAAGACACAUUAGGGCUUAUUUUCGGAUGAUGUCUUAUUUUUUCAUGUACAACUAUCUACAUUUAUUCAAAUAAAUAAUAUCAAUAAUAUUAUUUAUUUAUAUAUUAAUAUUAUUAUUUUAUAAUUCAAUAUGUCCAUUGUGUGGUGCAACAAAUGUACUAAAUGCAUCCGUCUGGCUGAUGAUCUUAACUGGGGUUUAUUUUGGGGAUAGGGCUUAUAUUAUGAGCAUCCUGAAAAAUCAUGCUAGAGCUUAUUUUCCAGUUAGGACUUAUUUUCGGGAAAUACAGUACUAACUGCUGCUGAUUGCUACCACUAUUAGCAUCAUUAUCAUUUGAGAGAAAGUGUAAAACCUGAUCAUGCAUUUUAGCAAAUUCUGAUGAUUAGGUACAUUACAAUUUGUUGACACCUUUCAAAGGUACUUUGCAAACUGCAUCUUAGGUUUUUAGAGCAACAGUUUGUGAACCUCUGAUGUGAUUAAUAGUUGAAAAUGAAUAAUUAAGAGAACACAGUAGCUUAAAAUAGAGAUCAGAAUAAAAUUGCUUCUUAGCUCUUUAAAAGCAAUCAAUACUGUUUUAUUAAGCACAGCAAAAAAAAAAACACCUCACAUUUAAACCAUAGUGUUUUAUAGCAAAAGACUAGUCUUUGUAACUUUUUGCAACUUAAAAAUCUUCCCACAUGCAUCUUGGCUUAGAUAUAAAAGCAUAGCUUCACUAGCAGAAAGCCCUAAAAGAUAAAAACUUCUUGCAGUCAAGCUAAAGUCCUGCUGAGUUAAUGGAUGAACCUUUUUUGGAUAUAGUAGUUUUCUGACUUCCUAGUUUAAACUACAGCCCUAGCACCUAAAUUUCCUGGUAGUCAGUCAUUGACAAAGUACAGAGUAACUCUAAU